GUAUUAACUUAAUUUUACAUGCAUUGUAGUUUAUAAAGAAAAAUAUAUUUCGGUUUUAAUUUUUAUAUCGAUAGCAAAUCGAUAAUUUUUGCUUUGCUUUGUGUGUCGUUAGUCGCCUUUUUUAAAUAUUUAACAAUGUUCCAUCUCUAGACACGCCAAAAGUGUAAGCUGUCACCCGCACCAUGCUAUAACGCAAACAUGAUAAUAUAUAUCUAUUCUAUACAAAUAAAUAAAAUUGAAGUGUCUGUUUGUAAUGUCAAAAUAACAGCUUUUUACUAAUUCCAUAUGAAAUAUAUAUAUAUAUUAUUUUGAGCUUUUCCAUCAAGAAACUCUCAGUAGCUGCCCGGAUUCAGGAAGCUGGCGGUGUCUCACCCCCGUUCCUCGGAAAGCACGUAAACCCGUUGGCCCUGCGCCUGAUCUCUCUCCGGUCGUGUCGGCUUACCGUCCCAUCGGAUUAUGAGAGCGAGGGAAUAGAGAGUGCACCUGUGCUUGUGCAAAAACUUGAGCACUAUAAUCCUGUCCUGCGCCGAUAGCUAGUCUCCGUUGAGGCUGGUCGUCGUGACCGAAAUUCGUCUGGAGGGCAUUAUUAUUAUGAAAGUACGAGGGGAGGUCAAAAAGUUUCUCGGAAUGGCGGGGUUGGCGAGGUUGAGUUUUACAAAUAAAUAAAAUUUAAGUGUUUGUUUGUAAUGUCAAAAUAACAGCUUUUUACCAAAUCCACAUGAAAGUAUAUACGGUACUUAUAACUAAAAUACAAUUUUUAAAAUUUUUGUCCGUCUGUCUGUUUUUUUUAUAGGAUAAGGGUGACAAACGAGCACACAGUCCACCUGAUGGUAAGUGGUUGCUGCGGCCCAUAGACAUCUACAUCUAUCCUCUAUUACAAAUCAAAAUGUAGAUGCUUUGUCACCCGUGAGGACUAAGAUGGAAUGCCUCAUUUCCAGUAAAAAGGGCCUCCGGCCACCUGCACUCACCAAGCGAAACGCAGAGGUAAAGCUCUACUUCACGCUAGUUUUCUGUGAGGUCGUGGUACCACCCCGGUUCGAGCCGGCCCAUCCGUGCGAUAGCAAAAGCUGCCGCGUGGCUCUACCACUGUCUGUGUUUUGGUUCCGGCUAAUCUCCGAAACGGUUGGACCGAUUUUGACGGGACUUUCCCUGGCAGAUAGCUGAUGUUAUAAGAAGCAACUUAGGCUACUUUUAUUUUAGAAAAAGAAUUAGGGUUCCGCGCAACUUAAUUAAAACCCUAAUUGUGUUUUUAAAAAUUCGUGUUUUUGUUAUAAGUAUCGUAAAUACUUUCAUAUGCAUAUAGUAAAAGCUGUUAUUUUGACAUUAUAAACAGACACUUCAAUUUUAUUUAUUUGUAUAGAUUAUCUCAAAUUAAACGUGAUUUAUUCGCAAUAUGGCAGGUUUGAAAGAUGACCUUAUCACAAAAAUUGAUAAGGGCGUGCUUCGGUGGUUUGGGCACGUUGAGCGAAUGAGUGAAGACCGAAUGGUGAAGAAAAUAUAUAGCGCGAAAGUUAAUAUUAAAAGGUGUCGAGGUAGACCGAGACUAACUUUCGAAGACCAUGUGAGCAAAUUGCUCGAAGAGGGUAGGGUCAAGAGUACUCGGAUACCUAGACGUGCAUGUAUGAAGAAGAUAAUGAAUCUGAAAGAAGCGAAAGAGGUAUGUAAGGAUCGUGACACUUGGCGAUCUGUUCUCUCUGGCUACCCCGUCAGGGAUUGUGCGUGAAGAUAAGUAAGUAAGUAAGUAAGUAAACGUGAUUUAUGGACAACAACGUGUUUACGUAUGUUUGCGUGCGCAGUUAAAACAAAGCAUUAGCACGCAUUUGGAAUUUAAAAGAUAGAAUGUUUAAGAUUUUUUAAAUUAAUUUUUCUUUAACAUUCACCUAUAUUACUUAUUCUGAACCUUCUCUGCAAAUUUGGCCAUUUAUUGCAAAAUAAACCUGUAUUAUGGUUGUUGCACUAAUGGAUCGGGGUAGAACCACACUCACACAGAAUACCAGCGUGAAAUAGCAGCAUACCCCCCCCUCAGAAAUGGGAGGAGGCCUGUGCACAGCGAUGGGAUGCAUAAGUUAUGCAGACGACAUGGUGCUGCUGAGUGCAUCGGUCUGUGGCCUGAGGAAGCUGAUACGGAAAUGCGAGGAAUAUGCAUGUGGUCACGGAUUAUUGUAUAAUGUCAGAAAGAGUCAAUACAUGAUCUUUGAGGCCGCUGGUGCGAAAUGUCCUGAUAAUGUACCUAAGAUAAAAUUGAAUGGUGUACCCCUGGAAAGGGUUAAACAGUUUCAGUAUCUGGGGCAUUUACUCACCUUCGACCUAAGGGAUCACGCUGAUAUGGACCGGGAACGGAGGGCGCUGUCUGUCAGAGCUAACAUGAUCGCCCGUAGGUUUGCGCGGUGUUCAAAGGAGGUCAAGGUUACACUCUUCCGAGCGUUCUGCACAUCGCUCUACUCGUGCAGCUUAUGGGCUAAUUACAGUAGGAAGAGUUACAGCGUCCUCCGCGUCCAAUACAAUAAUGCGUUUAGGGCGGUGAUGGGGUUGCCUCGGUUUUGUAGCGCCUCUGGUAUGUUUGCGGAUGCGCGCACCGAUUGCUUCAAUGCCACCAUGCGCAAGCGGGCCGCCUCCCUGGUGCGCAGAGUGCGGGCCAGCUCCAACACUGUCUUAGCGAUGAUCUCAGGAAGGUUAGACGGUUAUAUUAUCCGGCAUUGUUGCGAAAGGCAUGUCGCAGACCAGCUGCCUCUGAGAAAGUAUUGAUUAAUCUCGUCUCCUGUCUAAUAAAAGUGUGUUCUUAUAGUUUUUUUUUUUGUUAAUUAUGUAUUAAUUUUAUUUUAUCUGCUUAGAUUAUUCUAUAUACUGACAUUAAUGCUUAUUGAAAUUGACCGGAUGUAUUAUUUUAAAAUUGUUAUCUUGUUGACAUUGAUUUAUGUAUUGUAUUGCUUUAAUUGUGUAGAUUGAUUUUAAUUUAAUUUAUUGCAGCACAGUUGCCUCAGAGAAAGUUUUAAUUAUUGAUCUCGUCUCCAGACUGAUAAAUGUGUGUAAUUCUGUUAUUUAUUUAUUAAUUUUAAUUUUAUGUUAUUUUAUUUCAUUAUUUUAUUUUUAUACUGACAUUACUGCCUAUUUACAUUGACUGGAUUUAUUAUUUUAAAAUUGUUAUUUUGUAUUGAAAUUGAUUUAAUUAUUGCUAAAAUUUAGGAGACUGAUUUUAAAUUUAUUGAUUUUACUGGAUAUGGGUGUAAUUUGCCUGAAUAAAGAUGAUGAUUAUUAUUAUAAGAACUUUACUUUUCUUUAACAGAGUGCUGAUGCACAAGCAGCUAGUAGCCGGCGGAGUAGACGCGACGCUGAUCUUAGACGCGGCCGUCGGUUACAUCAUGGAGCAGGUGGACAUCGUGAUGCUCGGCGCUGAGGGAGUCACCGAGAGUGGCGGCAUUAUUAAUAAGAUUGGUACAUACAGUUUAGCGAUGUCGGCAUUAGAACUGAAGAAGCCCGUCCACGUGCUGACAGAAAGCUUCAAAUUUUCGAGAAUAUAUCCGCUCAACCAACAGGACUUGCCCAAUGAAUUUAAAUACUUAUCGAGUGUCUUGAAAAGUGGCAAGGAUCUCUCGAAAGAACAUCCGCUUGUUGAUUACACACCACCUGCUUAUAUUACGCUACUUUUUACGGAUCUAGGAAUUCUUACCCCGUCAGCAGUGAGCGACGAACUAAUAAAGUUGUAUCUAUAAGAGGAAUUGUAUUUAAUAAUAAAUUUUAUAUAAUGU